AUGGUUCUCGCACUCUCCGGCCUGUCCCUGGCCAAGUACGUCCAGUCGUCGCCUGCGCUGAUGCGCGUGCUCAAGCCUGUGGCUAACGCCUACGCCAACGCGACGGGUCACCGUCAGAUGGGUCUGCGCUACGACGACCUCAUCAUCGAGGAGUCCGACCGGGUGCAGAAGGCCCUCUCGCGUCUGCCAGAGAAGGAGGCGUACGACCGCGCCUUCCGUCUCCGCCAGGCCAGCCAGUUGAGCGUCCUCCACCGCGAACUGCCUAAGGAGCAGUGGCUCCCUGCUAAGGAGGACAAGCGAUACCUCACCCCCUACGUCCAGGAAGUCUCGAACGAGGAGGCCGAGCGUGCCGCCUGGGACACCGUCUCGGUCAAGAAGGGUCACUAG